AUGACCAGUCAAAAGCGAAAGCUCCUCGAGACCUAUCGUGCCCUAGCAGAAAACUACACCACGUUGGCCAAUAUACUGGAAGCGUCUCCUGAUCUUGCCCUCACUACAACUACCGAUAUCCCAACCACAUCUUCUUCUUCCUCCAUUGCCAAACCCAAGAGGAAAAAGGCCAAGACCAAGCAACAGAAUUCAAACAAGCCCAAAAGACCCUCAUCCGCGUACAUCUUUUUUACACAAGCUCAAACCGAAGCCGUGAAAGAAGAGCUAGGAGAGAGUUGUUCAAUGAGAAUGGUUUUCACGGAGUUGGCAAAGAGAUGGAAGGAAUUAAGUCCCAAGCAAAAAGAGCCCUAUAACCGUAUGGCCCGUGAAAGCAGUCAGCAAUACAUGAGAGAACUCGACGAAUACUCGCAGCACAUAGACGAUGAUGAAAUUGAUGAGCUUGAGCAUGAUGAAAGUUCACAACAGGAUACCAAGGCAACGGGAAUGAAGGGCAAGGAUACGACAAGGAAACCAAUGGCUACGACGACCCGGGGACGUACGAACAUAAUUGAAGAUUCAAGUGAUGAAGAAACGACCGAUUUGUCAGAUUUAUCGGAUUGA